AGCUAAGGGGCUAAGCUGGUGGAUUUGGCCUUUUUUUACACUUUUUUAGGUUGAUUUUUAAAUACUUAUAAGGGUUGGCUCACACUCUCCAAGUACCGGGUAUCAUUUACUGAAAAUACUUUUAUUUCUAGAAUCUUAACUAAUCUAAUAUUUUUAUAGAGAUUUCUAGAGGGUUUCGAAAUUCCAAAUAUUUCCAAAGAUUGCUCCCAUUGCUCUACGACUUCCCUCUAAAAUAGGCAGUACCCUCUAAAAAAGGUAGUUUUUAUAACUUAAAAACUUAACUUAUAAAUUAUAACUUUCAAAAUGAAAAAUAUUUUUUUUGGCAGUAUUGUUUAGAAAUAUUUUUGGAAAGAUAUUAGGUAAUCUAUCAAUGCAUCGAAAAAUAGGCAAAUAAAUUAUUAAAUCAAAUACCGGGUAUGAUAUCUUGAAAAUGUUUAUUUUUGGAAGCUUAUGUAAAAAAGUAUAUAAUUUUUUUGUUGAGGCUACUCUAGUAAUGCCCUCUAAAAUAAGCAACAGAAUUACUAAACCAAGUACCGGAUAUCUUAAUAUAGAAAUGUUAAUUUUUUUCAGCUCUUUUAGGAUAAGGAGUGUUUCUCUAUCAAUGGCCCCUACAAUAUAAAAUAUAAUUAUUGAAUCGUGUAUGAUAUAUUAAAAAUGUUAAGUUUGGGUAGCUCUCAUAAGGAUUGUUACUAGGAAUGUAUUAGUUUAAUUAAUCCAUCAAUGCCCCAUAAAAUAGGCAAUUUAAUUACAAAACCAAGUACCGGGUAUCAUACUUUACAGAUAUUUAUUUUUAGAAGCUCUUUUAUAUACCUUUUCUUAUUAUUAUAAUCAAAAAAUUAUUUGUCAGUUGAGAGAUUAAGUAUGGAAAUAAUUGCUUUUCACUAUAAGUGUCUCCUAAAUCAGGAAACACAAUUACUGAAUGAAGUAGCGGGUAUAAUGUAUUAAAAGUUUAGUUUUAUUGUUUAUUUUUAGUAGCUUCCAUGUUGUAGUUAGGGGAUUUGUUGUUAUUUUGUAGAGGAUAAGGACUGUUACUGACUGAAUUAAGUACCGGGUAUAGCAUACAAAUGUUUAUGCCUAGAAGCCCUCUCAUAUACCCUAUCUUAUUAUUUUUAAAGAAUUGUUUUGUCAUCCAACAGAUUAAGUAAGGAAAUGAUCGUUACAAUUGCCCUCUUAAAUAGACUAGAAUAUAAAUAAUCCAAGUACCGGGUAUAAAUAUUUCAAGCCACAAGACUAUAGCUGCUAUUGCCUCCCAGUUUUCGUAUUCUCGGCUAAAAUAAGAGCCAAUGGUGCAGUGGCAGUGUUAAUUAGCCGCCGUGGUCGAUAUCAAAAAAUGACAGCCAUGCACAAAACUAAUCCGCUUUGCUGCGUGCCCCCAAAUCGGGCAGAGCCGGGCAGGAGCCCCCAACGGAUGGCGUCAUUCGGGGCUGAUUUUGAUUUAAUCGUCGAUUGUGUCGACAUCAAAUCAGUAUUCGAAUCGCUGUCCGGCAAUCGCAAUGUCCGGAACACCGGAAUCCGGCUCCAGAACGGGCAACGCCACCAGUGUGGCUAACCUGGCCAAGAUCGUCAACAUAAUCGAGUCGAAUGUGCGGGCCGAGGAGGAGGCGGUGGCGGACACCGCCAAGACGUCCUCCAGCAGCAGUAGCAGCGUCCGGCUGGCCAGCAGCAGUGCUCCCCGCCGUAGUGGCGUCUCAGCGUCCUAUGUGCCCAAAACGCCCCAGCUGGAGGAGAUUAUAUUCGCGGAGCCCACCUGCACAGAGCGGUUUGCUCGCUACUUUGUCAUAGUCAUCUACCUGUGCGGUCUCUGCUGCCUCGGAUUCUUCCUCUCGAUCUAUCACAUCUUCUUCUGGGACUCCCGGAUGCCGCCGGUCUUCAAGGGCCAAAAGAAGGCCCCCGUAUUUGGCUAACAAACGAGGUCUUUAAAUAUUCAUAUAAAAUUGUGAUACCCGAGAAAAUAGCCAUCCGCCUCCUGAACUCAUCGGAAGUGACCGCGGAGCAGUUCUACAAGCACAUCCUCGACC